AGCCACACCAAGAAAAUGUUACCUACAUUGGUCAUUCUCAGUUUAAGCGCCGUCGCCAAUGCUCACGUUGCGGCUUGGGCGAAAGGCAUGUACUGCCUGAACGGCUCCUCCGGCAGCGACGACCAGAAUACCAAGACCGCUGUCGACCCCCUGUAUAUGCUCGACCGGGCCGACUGGUGGUUUCAGCAUGACCGUGGCUGCGAUAACUUUCCUCCCGCCGACGGCGAUUUCCUCGAGCUUCCCGCCAACGGCAAAUUCACCGUCGAGCUCGCGCACAAUCGCGCACAAACGACUCUCUCGUAUAAUGGCCAAUACGCAGGCGAGUGGCCCGACGGCAAUGAGCACCCUGAAGACUGGUCAGGCCCGGGUAACCCCCCGGAUUGCAUCCAGGAUGAUGGCGCGAUGCAUACCCAGAAUCAGUCAAUGGCGGCUGGUACCGCGUUUGCGAUCAGCUAUCAGAGUGAAUUGAGCCAGGUGACUCUGGACAAUCUUGUUGUCUUCAGCGUCCUUGAGCACACUCCUUGGAAGCGCCUGGCAACUUAUGAGGUGCCUGACCUUCCUGCUUGUCCUCCAGCCGGCUGUACUUGUGCAUGGCUCUGGGUUCCCAACGGCUGCGGACAACCCAACAUGUAUAUGCAAGGAUUCAAAUGCACUGUCACAGGCUCGAGCUCGUCAAAGAGCCUUGCUACCGCAAAGGCCCCUGUUUACUGCGGCGAUGACUCUUCCAAAUGUGUCAGAGGCGCAAAGCAGAUGAUCGCCUGGAACCAAAAAUCUGGCAACAACAUCGAGACUCCCUCCGGUGUCAGUCCAGCAUACAGCAGCCUCUUGGGCUGGGAGAGUGGUAAGUUCCAAUAUACUUCCCGAAGGUCGCUGGCUAAGAUUAAUUGA